AUGCUAGAAAAGCAGAAGUCUGAAGUGGAGAAGAGCAAAACAGAGAUAGCUAGAGCAAAAGAAAAUCUUGCUGAAAUGAGAAAAAAGAACAAUAUUGAUAUGUCAGAGAUGGAGAAGCAGAGAAAUUCUCUUGAACAAAUGAAGAUGGACAUCUCACAAGAGGAACAUGAUAUUAAAAAACAGAAAGACAGUUUAAGACACCAAGAAAAUGAACUGAAUAUACGUAUGUCUCAACUUUAUGCACAACAGAAAGAAACAGAAGAGAUUCAGGAUAUUAUCAUUAAAGAGAAGAGUCAGCUCAAUGAAAGACAGGCUGAAAUGGAAAAGCAAAAGAGAGAAUUAAAUGAUGUGAUGGAUGCACUCAAGAAAGAGAGGACUGAAAUAAUGGAAGAAAGACAAAAAGUGAAUGAUAUGCAAAUAGAACUGAAGAGGGAAAGUGAAACAGUUGAGCUGAUGAGACAAAAAGUUCUCAGAGAAAAAGAAUCUAUUGAAAACAGCAGGAAAAUACUGAAUAUAGAUCUAGAGGAUAUGAAAGAAAAAAGAACCAUCUUAGCUGAGGAGUUUCAGACCUUAAACUAUCAUAAACAAACAAUUGAUGAAGAAAAGCAGGAAUUGCAAAAGAUGAAAGCUGAGCUCCAACAAGAAACUGAAAAUAUUGCAAAACUAAGGCAAGACAUAGAAAAUGACAGGCAGAACAUUGAGGAAAUGGCAAUAAAACUUCAAAAAGAAAAGGAGGAUAUAGAGACUUCUGUUGCCAGGAUCAGAGAAGAGGAAGCAAAUCUAAGAAAACAAAAACAAACAUUUAAAUCUGAUCAAGACGCUCUUGAAAAGUUUGACUUGGAGAAAACUAAGACAGAGUUAGCUAGAGCCGAAGAAGAUCUUAAGAACCAACUUGAGUCUCAGAAAAGACAAAAUGAGAUAACAUUGGCUGAGAUACAGAAAGAGAGGGAUGUUCUUGAGCAGUGGAGAAUUAACAUAUCGAAUCAGAGAGAUGAUCUAGAAAAGGAGAGGGAUGAUAUUGAGAGGGAAAGAGCAGAAAUAAUAAAUCAAAAACAACAAGUGGAGGUAAACUUGAGGGAAGGACUGAAAAAGGAGAGUGAAAAGUUGGAGCUGCUAAGAAAGGAGUUGUAUGAUGAAAAGGAAGAAGUUGACAACAGCAGAAAAAGGAUAAAAGCAGAAAUCGAUGAUUUGGAACAAAUGAAGCUUGAUGUAGUUAAAGGGUUGGAAAAUAAUAAACUUCAGAAACAAAUGAUUGAAGAUGAGAAGGACAAAAUUGAACAAAUAAAAGCUGAGCUGAGAAGAGAAGCUGAAAAUAUCGAAAAGAUAAAACUAGAGACACAAAAUGAAAGACAGAAGCUUGAGGAAGCAACAACCCAACUUAAGAAAGAUAGAGACAAUGUUGAUAGCCUUGCUGAGGAAAUUGACAAGAAAAAAGUGGGUCUAGAAAACAGGCUUGAGGAAAUAGAAAUGCAAAGGAAAGCAAAUGAGUCUAAUAAACAGAUGCAGGAAAUGGCUUUGCUUGAGCUAAAGAAAACUGUGACAGAUAUAGCAAGAGCGAAGGAGGAUCUUGAAAACCAGCUUGUUGAAGAAAGAGAAAAGAACAAGAUCACACUGGCAGAAAUAGAAAAAGAAAGAGACAUGCUUCUUCUACUCAGAGACAAUAUUUCAGAGCAACAGGAGGACAUUGCAAAUGAGAAGGAACAAAUGAGAGUGAGAGAGACUGAACUUGAACAACUCCAAGCUCUGAUUUAUAGACAGCAAAUAGAAAUGGAAGCCACAAGGAAAGCUCUCACAAUGGAAAAAGAGCAACUUGAAGAGAAGAAAACUGAAAUAGAUCAAGAACAGAGAAAAGUAAAUGAAAUCAUGGAACUUGCAACAAAAGAAAAGGCUAAUCUUGAGAAAGAGAAGUCUGAAAUGAUAGCACAAAAACACCAACUGGAGACUGAACUGGAUUUCUUUAAGGUAGAACUGAAUAAUGAAAGAGAAUUAAUUGAGGAAAGGACCCAAAUGUUGAAAACAAAUGAGGCUGACGUGGACGAAAAAAGAGCAGCUUUAAAGAGAGAGAUAGAAGGGCUCAGAUAUCACAAACUAGCUAUUCAAGAUGAGAAGAAUGAUGUAGAACAGAUGAAGAUUGAGCUGCAAAGAGAAGCUGAUGACAUCAGAAAGCUAAAAGAAGAAACACAAAAUGAAAAACAGGCUUUGAAAAAGAUGGCUGAAAAACUGCAGAAAGAGAGAGAAGAUAUUGUUCAUCUUGCUGAAGAUACAAAGAGAAAGAAUGAGAUCAUGAAUGAAAUGAAAGUUGCAAAUGAGUCUUCACUGGCAGAUCUACAAAGAGAGAAAAACAACCUUGAGCAAAUGAGAGUGAACAUCUCCAAACAAACAGAUGAUAUUGAAAAUGAGAAAGAGAAAAUAAGACUCAAACAAGAAGAACUAGAGAAACUGCAAUCAGAGAUCCAUAAACAACAAAGUGAAAUGGAAAAUGAAAAGAUCAUUAUUGAAAGUGAAAGAGCUGCAAUGAACAGGGAGGUUGGAGAUCUGCAAGAAAAAAUAAUGAAUGUAGAAAGAGAUUCAGAGAGUCUGAAACUUGAGAGAGAAGCUUUUGAGAAUGAGCAAGAAUUGAUGAAACAGAAGAAAACUGACCUGCAAAGACAAGCACAUGAGAUUGAGAAGAUCAAACUAGAGACAGAACAUGAAAGACAAAGGAUGGAGGAAAUGACAGCUCAACUCCAGAAAGAGAGAGAACAAAUCAACAAUCUUAUUGAUGAGACAAAAAGAAAAGACAUGGUCUUGGAUGAAAUGAAGACAGAUAUUGAAGAGAAAACUAAAGCCAUUCAGUCUGAUAGAGACAUGCUUGACAAGGAAAAACAUGAUCUGGAGAAAACAAAAAGUGAACUUGCAAGAGCCAAGGAAGAUCUUGAAAAACAAAGAGAAAAGCAAAGAAUAACACUAGCAGAGAUAGACAAAGAGAGAGACACCCUGGAUGAGAUGAAGGAGAACAUCACAAGACAAAUGCAUGACAUUAAACAUCAAGAGGAACAAAUCAGACAAAAACAACAUGAAUUUGAGCAGAUGCAAACUGAAAUUCAGAAUCUGAAACAGGAACUAGACAACGAAAGAAACAUUAUAAUAAAGGACAGACGUCAGCUUGAUCUGAGACAAUCUGAACUGGACAAACAACAGACAGAAGUGAAUGAGUUUAUAGAAAUAAUGAGGAAUGAGAAAAGACAACUAGAUAAAGAUAAAGAGAAGAUGGAAGAAAAGAAACAGAAAAUGGAGAAAGAAAGAGAUGAUGUAGACCAAAGCAGAAAGAAUCUGGAUGAAGACCUAAAGAUGAUGAUACUUCAGAAACAAAUGCUUGAAGAUGAGAAGAACAAGUUAGAACAGAUGAAGACUGAGCUGCAAAGAGAAGCUGAUGAUAUCAGAAAACUAAAAGAAGAAACACAAAAUGAAAAACAGGGUUUGGAAAAGAUGGCUGAAGAACUUCAGAAAGAGAGAGAAGAUAUUGCUCAUCUUGAUGAAGAUAUGAGGAGAAAGAAUCAAAUCCUGGAUGAAAUGAAAGUUGCAAAAGAGUCUUCACUGGCAGAUCUACAAAGAGAGAAAAACAAUCUUGAGCAAAUGAGAGUGAACAUCUCCAAACAAACAGAUGAUACUGAAAAUGAAAAAGAGAAAAUAAGACUCAAACAAGAUGAACUACAGCAAAUGCAAGCAGAGAUUCAUAAACAACAAUGUGAAAUGGAAAAGGAAAUGAGCAACAUUGAAGGUGAAAGAGCUGCAAUGAUCAGGGAAAAACAGAACAUGAUGACUGAACUGAAAGAGAAGUCUGAAGAUGUUGAGAUCCAGAUGAAGGCAGUAUUGACUGAAAAGGAAUUACUGGAAAAUGACAGACAACUGCUGAAGAGAGACAUGGAAGAUUUGCAACAAAAAUUAUUGAAUGUAAACAGAGAUUCAGAGAGUCUGAAACUUGAUAGAGAAUCUUGUGAGAAUGAGAAAGAAUCACUGAAACAGAUGAAAACUGACCUGCAAAGACAAGCACAUGAGAUUGAGAAGAUCAAACUAGAGACAGAACAUGAAAGACAAAGCCUGGAGGAAAUGACAGCUCAACUCCAAAAAGAGAGAGAAGAAACCAACAAUCUCAAUGAGGAGAUUAAAAGAAAAUAUAUGGUCUUGGAUGAAAUGAAGACAGAUAUUGAAGAGAAAACUAAAGCCAUUCAAUCUGAUAGAGACAUUCUUGAAAAGGAAAAACGUGAUCUGGAGAAAACAAAAAGUGAACUUGCAAGAGCCAAGGAAGAUCUUGAAAAACAAAGAGAAAAUCAAAGAAUAACACUAGCAGAGAUACAGAAAGAGAGAGACACCCUAGAUGAGAUGAAGGAGAACAUUACAAGACAAAUGCAUGACAUUAAACAUCAAGAGGAACAAAUCAGACAAAAACAACAUGAAUUUGAGCAGAUGCAAACUGAAAUUCAGAAUCUGAAACAGGAACUAGACAAUGACAGAAACAUUAUAAUAAAGGACAGAAGUCAGCUUGAUCUGAGGCAAUUUGAGCUGGACAAACAACAGACAGAAAUUAAGGACAUCAUGGAAUUAAUGAGAAAUGAGAGAAGACAACUAGAUAAAGAUAAAGAAGAAAUGGAAGAACAGAAAUGGCAAAUGGAGAAAGAAAUAGAUGAUAUAGACCAAAGCAGAAAGAAUCUGGAUGAAGACUUAAAGAUGAUGACACUUCAGAAACAAAUGCUUGAAGACGAGAAGAACAAGUUAGAACAGAUGAAGAUUGAGCUGCAAAGAGAAGCUGAUGAUAUCAGAAAGCUAAAAGAAGAAACACAAAAUGAAAAACAGGGUUUGGAAAAGAUGGCUGAAAAACUGCAGAAAGAGAGAGAAGAUAUUGCUCAACUUGCUGAAGAUAUGAGGAGAAAGAAUCUAAUCCUGGAUGAAAUUAAAGUUGCAAAUGAGUCUUCACUGGCAGAUCUACAAAGAGAGAAAAACAAUCUUGAGCAAAUGAGAGUGAACAUCUCCAAACAAACAGAUGAUACUGAAAAAGAAAAAGAGAGAAUAAGACUCAAAAAAGAUGAACUAGAGCAACUGCAAGCAGAGAUUCAUAAACAACAAAGUGAAAUAGAAAAGGAAAAGAGCAACAUUGAAGGUGAAAGAGCUGCAAUGAUCAGGGAGGUUGGAGAUCUGCAAGAAAAAAUAAUGAAUGUAGAAAGAGAUUCAGAGAGUCUGAAACUUGAGAGAGAAGCUUUUAAGAAUGAGCAAGAAUUGAUGAAACAGAAGAAAACUGACCUGCAAAGACAAGCACAUGAGAUUGAAAAGAUCAAACUAGACACAGAACAUGAAAGACAAAGGCUGGAGGAAAUGACUACUCAACUCCAGAAAGAGAGAGAAGAAGUCAACAAUCUCAUUGAGGAGACAAAAAGAAAAGACAUGGUCUUGGAUGAAAUGAAGACAGAUGUUGAAGAAAAAUCUACAGCCAUUCAAUCUGACAGAGACAGGCUUGAGAAGGAAAAACAUGAUCUGGAGAAAACCAAAAGUGAACUUGCAAGAGCCAAGGAAGAUCUUGAAAAACAAAGAGAAAAUCAAAGAAUAACACUGGCAGAGAUACAGAAAGAGAGAGACACCCUUGAUGAGAUGAAGGAGAACAUCACAAGACAAAAGCAUGACAUUAAACAUCAAAAGGAACAAAUCAGACAAAAACAACAUGAAUUUGAGCAGAUGCAAACUGAAGUUAAGAAUCAGAAGCAGGAAAUAGACAAAAAGGAAGAAGACCUAAAGAUGAUGACACUUCAGAAACAAAUGCUUGAAGAUGAGAAGAACAAGUUAGAACAGAUGAAGAUUGAGCUGCAAAGAGAAGCUGAUGAUAUCAGAAAGCUAAAAGAAGAAACACAAAAUGAAAAACAGGGUUUGGAAAAGAUGGCUGAAGAACUUCAGAAAGAGAGAGAAGAUAUUGCUCAUCUUGCUGAAGAUACAAAGAGAAAGAGUGAGAUCAUGAAUGAAAUGAAAGUUGCAAAUGAGUCUUCACUGGCAGAUCUACAAAGAGAGAAAAACAAUCUUGAGCAAAUGAGAGCGAACAUCUCCAAACAAAAAGAUGUUAUUGAAAAGGAAAAAGAGAGAAUAAGACUCAAACAAGAUGAACUAGAGCAACUGCAAUCAGAGAUCCAUAAACAACAAAGUGCAGUAGAAAAGGAAAAGAGCAACACUGAAGGUGAAAGAGCUGCAAUGAUCAGGGAAAAACAGAACAUGAUGACUGAACUGAAAGAGAAGUCUGAAGAUGUUGAGAUCCAGAUGAAGGCAGUAUUGACUGAAAAGGAAUUACUGGAAAAUGACAGACAACUGCUAAAGAGAGACAUGGAAGAUCUGCAACAAAAAUUAAUGAAUGUAGACAGAGAUUCAGAGAGUCUGAAACUUGAGAGAGAAUAUUUUGAGAAUGAGAAAGUGUCGAUGAAACGGAUGAAAACUGACCUGCAAAGACAAGCACAUGAGAUUGAGAAAAUCAAACUAGAGACAGAACAUGAAAGACAAAGGCUGGAGGAAAUGACAGCUCAACUCCAGAAAGAGAGAGAAGAAGUCAACAAUCUCAUUGAGGAGACAAAAAGAAAAGACAUGGUCUUGGAUGAAAUGAAGACAGAUAUUGAAGAGAAAACUAAAUCCAUUCAAUCUGAUAGAGACAUUCUUGAAAAGGAAAAACGUGAUCUGGAGAAAACAAAAAGUGAACUUGCAAGAGCCAAGGAAGAUCUUGAAAAACAAAGAGAAAAUCAAAGAAUAACACUAGCAGAGAUACAGAAAGAGAGAGACACCCUAGAUGAGAUGAAGGAGAACAUUACAAGACAAAUGCAUGACAUUAAACAUCAAGAGGAACAAAUCAGACAAAAACAACAUGAAUUUGAGCAGAUGCAAACUGAAAUUCAGAAUCUGAAACAGGAACUAGACAAUGACAGAAACAUUAUAAUAAAGGACAGAAGUCAGCUUGAUCUGAGACAAUCUGAGCUGGACAAACAACAGACAGAAGUAAAUGAGUUUAUAGAAAUAAUGAGGAAUGAUAGAAGACAACUAGAUAAAGAUAAAGAAGAGAUGGAAGAACAAAAACGGCAAAUGAAAAAAGAAAGAGAUGAUGUAGACCAAAGCAGAAAGAAUCUGGAUGAAGACGUAAAGAUGAUGUUUCAGAAACAAGUGCUUGAAGAUGAGAAGAACAAGUUAGAACAGAUGAAGACUGAGCUGCAAAGAGAAGCUGAUGACAUCAGAAAACUAAAAGAAGAAACACAAAAUGAAAGGCAAAGUUUGGAAAAGAUGACUGAAAAUCUAGAGCAACUGCAAGCAGAGAUUCAUAAACAACAACGUGAAAUGGAAAAGGAGAAGAGCAACAUUAAAGGAGAAAGAGCUGCAAUGAUCAGGGAAAAACAGAACAUGAUGACUGAACUGAAAAAGAAGUCUGAAGAUGUUGAGAUCCAGAUGAAGGCAGUAUUGACUGAAAAGGAAUUACUGGAGAAUGACAGACAACUGCUGAAGAGAGACAUGGAAGAUCUGCAACAAAAAGUAAUGAAUGUAGACAGAGAUUCAGAGAGUCUGAAACUUGAGAGAGAAUCUUUUGAAAAUGAGAAAGUGUCGAUAAAACAGAUGAAAACUGACCUGCAAAGACAAGCACACGAGAUUGAGAAGAUCAAACUAGAGACAGAACAUGAAAGACAAAGUCUGGAGGAAAUGACAGCUCAACUCCAGAAAGAGAGAGAAGACAUCAACAAUCUCAUUGAGGAACUUAAAAAGAAGAGAGCUAUUUUGGAUGAAACUUAUGCUGAAAUACAUAGGGAACAAGAAAUAAUUGAGAGGGACAAAAACUUGAUUAAAAGGGAACAGUCUGACCUAGAGAAAACCAUAGCUGAGAUUUCUCGAACCAAGGAAGAUCUUGACAAACAGAUUUCUGAACAAAAAACAAACAUUGGUAUCACACUGGUAAAGAUACAACAAGAGAGAAACACUCUUGAGCAGAUGAGUGAGAAAAUAUCAAGGGAAAGAAUUAAACUUGAAAAUGAAAAGGAAGAGUUAAGAACAGGAAAGCAAGAGCUUGAAAGAAUGUGGGCAGACACUGAAAGACAACAUGAAUAUAUAGAUCACCCAAAGUUUGGCGUAGCUGAAGAGAGUCUGCUUGAGAAGUCAGAGGCUGAAAUGGUUCUUCAACAGAGUGACGCAGAUGUAGUCAAGCCUGUAACAGAAAAAGAAAUGUCAGAUCCAAAUAUACAAAGUGUCUUGAUGGAGCAGAUGCUGGGAAUGGACUUGAGAGAUGCAUUAGAAACAGAUAUUGAGAGCCAAAAGUCAGACUUAACUGUAGUUGUGGAUGAGAUGAAGUCAGAGAAGAAGUUUAGUGAAAAUGAAAGGGACAAGCUGGAACAAAUGAAAGCUGAACUGCAAAGAGAAGCUGAAGACAUUGAAACUAAAAAGCAGGACAUGCAGAAUGAAAGAAAAAAGCUAGAAGAAAUGGAAGCUCAACUUCAGGAAGAGAGAAGAAGUAUUGAACGUUUUAAUGAGGAGAUUAAUGUUCAGAAAUUCAAUCAAGAAAAACAAUCCAAAGAAUUUGAAUUGGAAAAGUCUGAUUUAGAGAAUAUCAAAACAGAAAUUGCUAAAGCCAACAAACAUCUUGCAGAACAGCAGGAAACAAAUGAAAUGACUUUAGCAGAGAUGCAGAGAGAAAGGCACACUCUUGAAGAAAUGAGGGUGAACAUCUCAAAACAAGUGGAGACUAUUGAAAAUGAGAAUGAAAGUCUUUCUCGCAGAGAAAAUGAACUUGCGCAGCUGCAGGAAGACAUUUUAAAACAACAACAUGAAAUGGAUGAAGUGAAGAACAUCAUCAUGAUGGAAAUGAGUCAACUUGACCAGAGACAAACUGACAUUGAUCAAUUACAGCGAGAGGUUGAUGAUCUAAUGGAAUUCACAAAGACAGAAAUGACCAACCUAGAAAAAGAAAGAGUGGAAAUGAUGGCACAGAAGAGAAAUUUAGAGAGGGAUAUGGUCAGUCUAAAGAUAGAGAAAGAGACCUGUGAACAAAUCAGACUACAGUUACUUGAGGAAAAAGAUCUGGUUAUAAAAGACAGAGAGCUGUUGACCAAAGAUUUGGAUCAUAUGGAGAGACAGAAAAUGGAUAUAGAGAGAGAAUUAAAGAAUCUCAAAGUUGAGAAACAAACCAUUGAAAAUGAGAAAGAGGACCUAGAGAAGAUAAAAACUGACCUUCAAAGACAAACUGAAGACUUUGAGAAACUAUCUGAAAAGACAAACAAUGAAAGACAGAGGCAGGAGGAGAUGGCAGUCCAAUUAAAAAGACAAUUUGACAUCAGUGCUCCUCCUACAGACAACCAACUAAUGAAAGAGCUCUUAGAUGAGACAGAGAAGCAAAGAAAAGAAAUUCAGUCUGCCAAAGACUUGCUUCAAGAAGAAAGAUUUGAGCUGGAGAAAACCAAGACAGAGAUAAGCCAAGCCAGGGAAGAACUAGAUAGACAAAGAACUGACUUAAAGAGAGAGAAAGACAUUCUUAAGCAGGUGAAUACAACUAACUUGAGACAAAUAGCCCAUAUUGAAGAUGAGAAGGAAAGAAUACAACACAAAGAGAACGAACUAGAUCAAAUGAGAGCAGAACUUCAAAAUAAACAAACAGAAAUGGAUGACAUGAAAAACAACAUGAUUAAAGAAAAGGCUAAUAUGGAGAAUCUGGAACAAAAGAGAGCUGAGUUGGCUAGAGACCUCCAAAUUCAGAGAAAAGCUUUUGAAAAUGAGCAAGAUGAGCUGCAAAAGAAGAGAGAAGAUAUUGAGAAGUUAAAGCUAGAAGUUCAGAAAGAAGGGCAGAUGGCUGCAGAAGAGUUAGAAAAAGAGAGGCAACAAUUUGCUGAGGAGACCAAACUGAAAAAUGACACCCUGGAUGAAAUGCAAGCUGAGAUAGAAAGACAGAAACAAGCUGUUGCUGUAGAGAAAGAGAUGAUUGCAAAGGAAAGGAUGGAUCUGAAGAAAACCAUGGAAGAUAUCAAAAGACAAUCCGAGGAGAGUGAGAUCACACGGGCAGACCUGCAGAAAGAGAGAGAUAGUCUUGAUCUAAUGAGGAUGGAGAUCUUAACACAAAAACAUGACCUAGAAAGAGAAAGAGAUGAACUGUUAGAAAAGCGGCGCCUGGUGGAGACACAAAAGAAGGACACUGAAAAUGUGGAACAGCUGAGGCAAGAGCUUUUGGAUGAGAAGGCAUUGACUGAGAAAAACAGAAAGCAGCUGAACCAAGACAUAGAUGAUAUAGAACGAAAUAAAUCAAAUCUGCAUAAAGAAUUAGAGGAGAUAAAAUUCCAAAAACAGGAUGAAAGAGCUCAACUAGAGCGAAUGAAAGUGGAGCUUCAAACGAAAGCAGAGGAUAUAGAAAAGUCAACGCAAGAGAUACUGUGUGAAAGAGAAAAAGAUGUACAGAAAAAGUCUGAAGAGAGCAAGAUAAGAACAGACCUCGAUAAAGCAAAUACUGAGAUACAGAAACAAAAGGAAGAGGUGGAACGCUAUGCUGAGAAGCUGGAAAAAUGUAGGCUUGAACUAGAUGAUGCAAGGGCUGAAAUAGAGAGAAUUAAAGAGAAUGCUGAAAGACAGGCAACACAAAAGAUGAAGGAACAUUUGCAAAAAGAAAGAGAGAAUAUUGAGGAUAGCAGAAGGAACCUGCUUAAAAAGGAAGAGGCCAUUGAAAAGGACAAGAAAGAAAUAAGACUGAGAUAUCAAGAAAUAGAGCUAAUCCAAGCAGAAGUAGUGAAACAGAAAGAAGAGAUAACUGAAUCAGAGCAAGAAAUACAAGAACAGCGAAGGAAACUACAGGUGACAGAAGAGGAAUGGAGUGUACAAAUGGGAAAGUUGCAAGCCGAGAUAAGCAAAAACAAUGUCAUUAAAUCUGAGUUAGCAAAAGAAAGAGAAGCAAAUGAUGAAAUGUUAAGAGAGCUUAAGAGAGAAAUGGAGAAAUAUGAGGAGAUCAAAUCAAAUAUUAUAAUCCAAAAAGAGGAGUUUGAGACUAAAAGGCAGUCAGAAGUAGAGGAGCUCAUUAGUAUGAGAGCUCAAAUACUAAAACACAAAGAGGAAUUAGAGGACAAGAUGCAAAAGACUAAACAAGAGAUGAAAGAACUGAAGCUUCUUCAGGAUGAAACUGAUGGCAAGAGGAAAGAUCUUGAUCACAAGAUGAGACAGGUAGCAAGAAAAAGAGAUGAGUUGGAUAAAUUGAGGGCUGCUAUUGAAAGUGCAAAUGAGAAACUCGAAAUGGACAGGGUCAUGUUAAGUAUAGAGCGUGAUGAGAUGGAGCGAAUGAAAGCUGAGAUUCAAAGAGCAGGAGAGGAACUACAAUCUCAUGUGGAAGAAAGAGGUGGAGUCAUGGAAGAGAAAGAACAUAUGAACACCAAGAUUCAGAGGCUUAUUCAAGAAGCUGAAAAUGCUAGGGAAAUGGCUUGGAGAACAAAACAUGACUUGGAAAGAGGCAUGCAGAGAGAUGUUAAUGUUGAAGCAGAUUCAGAGGAUAGACAAGAAGUGAAUGCUAACAUGCAGAGGCUGAUCCAGGAAGUUGAGCAUGUUAGAGAGGUUCUCAGAAGAAUGAAAGAAGAAGUCAAGGCUGCUAGAAAAGAAAGAUUUGAACUGGAGAACAUGAGGCUGGAAACUGAAGCCAUGAAACAGAACAUGAAAGAAACUUAUGAGCAGCAGAACAAUGAGAUACAAAAAGAGAAACAGCAAAUAGAGAGUAGCAAAGACUGGCUGAGCAAAGAGAGAAGUAAUCUUGCGCAAAUCAGAGCUGAUUUGGAGAGACAAAAACAAGAAAUGGCAUUGGACAAGCAAAAACUUCAUGAAGAAAAUGAACUGAUGGAGAAAGAAAAGGUUGACAUGAAGAAAAAAUCGGAGAUCCUUGAAAGCCUUUUAGAGGAGACAACUAGAGAAAGAACAGCUAAACUUAAAGGGAAAAAGAAAGGAAUGAGGAGAGAUUCAGAGGAAUUAAGAGAGAAAAUGGAAGCAUUAAGUAUGGACGACAUACAAGAAGAGAGUGAGAGUGAAACGGGCGAAGUUGAGAGACAAAUAGACAAACUGACAGAGUUGAAGGCUGAGCUUCAUCAACAGCAGGCAGAACUUGAGAAAACUAAAGCAGACUUAAAAUAUCAGAUGGACGAGCUAGAAAACAUGAGGUCUGAGAUAUUAAAACUUGAAAAGGACACUGCGAGUAAAACGAGAGAGGUGGAGCUGAUGGAUAUACAGCAACAGAGAGAAGACCUAGAAAGAAAGAUUCAGAAAAUGAUGCGUGAGAAGGGAGAACUGGAAGUCUUAAGGUCUGAGAUAGUCCUGGAAAAGAGAGAACUGGACCAGAGGUUGAGACAAGUGAUGAGAAAGAGGGAUGAGAUAGAGAAAAUGAAGACUGAGAUAGCAAAGGCCAGAGAGGAGAUCAGUAGAGAGAGGCAGGAGCUGGAAAUACUCAAGAAUGAUGUUCAAAGCGCAAGAGAGGAUUUUGAAUUAUUGGUGGAGAGAACUGAGAAUCUAGAAGAUGAAGAAAAUACCAAUGCUGACAUACAAAGAUUGAUUUUAGAGGUUGUGAAAAUCAGGGAAAUGGUGAAAAAUCUGAAAGUUGACAUGGAGACCAGGAUGGAUGAAAUUAAGGCAGAGAAAGAUGAAAAGGAAAAUUUUAAGUCUGAGAUCCAGAGGCUCAUUCAAGAUAUUGGACAAAUACGGGAAAAUCUAGGAAGCCUUAGAGCAGAAAUAGAAACCACCAGAAGAGACAAGAAUGAAUUGGAGAAGCUGAGGGCAGAACUUGUAGAGAAGCAACAGGAGAAAGAAAGUGUGAGAGAAAUGCUGCAGAAAGAAAGAGAAGAACUGGAACAGCUGAAGGAUGAGAUAAACAGAGAAAAGGAGGAUGUGGAGACCAAGAGAGAGCUGGUUGAGGUAGAAAUAACUACAGACAAAAUGGAAGAGUUUAUGGACACAAGGAAGAACAAGCAAGAACUGCAAAGGGUCACUGAGGAACUCUUUAGAAACAAGAAUAAUCUGGAAGAGCUCAACAGAGAAAUACAAAACAUGAGGCAAACCAUGGAAGAAAUGAAAACACUGCAUGAAAAGAAAAAGGCUGAACUAGAAGUCAUUACUUCUGAGGUAAAGAGGAGACAGCAGGUACUGGAGAAGCAAAAACAUGAGCUGGAGGAGAAUGGUUGGAUUCUUAAAGAAAUAGAGAAGAAGAAAGACGCACUUGAAAAGAUCAAUAUGGAAAUACUGAGAAAGAGAGAAGUUAUAGAAAAAGAAAAGGACAAUUUAAGGCAAGAGAAGCAAGAAUUUGAGGUCUUCAGAGGGGAACUACAAAGAGACAGAGAUGAUGUUGAAUCUUCAAGACAAGCUUUGAUCAUGGAGAAGGAUCGGUUAGAAGAUGAAAAAGUUAAAAUCAAUCAAGAAAAGCAUGAAAUGAGUGCUGCCAUGAGGGCCAAUGAGAUGGAAUGGAAAAAUCUACAAAAGAUGAGGAAUGAACUAGAAAAUCAGAGGGCUGAAUUUGCUGAAAACCUCCGUGAUGCCACAAAAAUGGAAGAUAAACUGAGUGAACUAAACAAAGAAAAAGAGCAAGUGGAAGAAAUGAAGCAGAUGGUCAGCACAGAGAGAGAUUUGAUUGAACGAGAGAAAGAAGAUGUGAGAAAACAGACUCAACAGCUUGAAGAUGGCCGUGCUGAGCUUCAGAAGAAGUCAGAGAUCACUGACAAACUGAUACAGGAAGCAAACCGUGAGAGAGAUAGAUUAACAGACCUCAGUCUAAAACUUCAAUUGCAAAAAGACGAUAUACAGAAAAUCAUCACAGAAAUGGAGACCACGAAGAAAGAUCUCAACAUAAUGAGUACAGAACUUCAAAAUGACAAGAUACAACUGAAAAAUGACAGGGAUGCUUAUGAAAGUCAAAUGACACAUUUGCAGCUUAAGAUGGAAGAAUUAGUGAGAGAAACAGAGGACCUGGAGAGAAAAACCUUACAGCAGAAAGAACAAGAUGAGAUAGCAAAACAAGAGAUUCAAAAUCAGAGAGAGUCUCUAGAGCAAAUUAAGAUGGACAUUCUAAAGGAAAGGGGUGAUAUUGACAAAGAAAAGGAAAAUGUACAUUCAGAAAGACAGAAACUGGUUACACUUGAAGGAGAAUUGCGAAGAAAGGAAAGUGAGCUUGAAAACAAAGAGCGAACUUUCAUGAAAGAGCAGCAGCAGCUGAAACAAACUCAAGAUGAAAUCUUGGAGAUUAAAAGUAAUCUGGAAAGAAAGGAGGAUGAAAUUGAAGAGGAGAGACUGCAGAUAAUGGAAAUGGGUGAAACAAUGAAGAGAGAACGCAAUGAAUACAGAAAGAUGAUUGAAGAAGUACAGAAAGAAAAAGAGCAGAUUGAAAUCAGCAAAAAGUGGAUGGAUCAAGAUAAGAAAGAUGUUGAAAAUAUGAAAAAUGAUCUGGAAAAGCAACUACAAGAUUUAAGACAUGAAAAAUUAAAUGUACAAGACGAGAAGAAUGCGCUCGAACAGAUAAGGGCAGAAUCCAAGGAGAUCCAAAAUGUUAUCAAAAAGGAGAGGGAGGAUCAGGAGAAAUGUUGGUUGGAGAUUGAGGGGGAAAAGCAAAGAGUGGAUGAAGAAAUCAGUCAAUUAGAGAGACAGAGGGAAGAAACUGCUAAACUCCACAGUGAGUUACAAAAAAUUAGAGAGGACACUGAAAGUAGCAAAGAAAGGAUUGAUAAAGAAAUGGAAGAAUUAUCGCAAAUGAGGGUUGAACUGGACAGAAGAAAAGAAGAAAUUAAAAAGGAUAAUCAAAAACUUCAAGAUGCUAAAUCUGACCUCGAAAAAACUAAAGCUGAGAUACAGAGACAGACAGACAAAAUGAAAGACAUAAUAGACACUAACCUAAAGGAGAAAGAAAGAGAAAUGAAAAUCCAAAUUGAUAAAGACAGAGAAGAAAUUAAACAUUUGUCUGAAGAGACUGAAUUGAAAAUGAGGGACCUUGAUAUGAUGAUGAAGGAGAUGGAGAGACAAAGGCAAGAAACUGAGAAAACAAAAGUCAUGCUUGAAAAGGAAAAGACAGAAAUUGACAAAGAAAAGAAAGACCUGGAAAACCAAAUGAUGGAUCAGAGUGAGGAGAUACAAAAGGAGAGGCUGGCCCUUAAGGAAAUGAAGGAUGAAAUUCUUCGUGAAAAACAAGAAACAGAUGAAGAGAGGAAUAACUUGAUGACUUUAAGAAACAAACUAGAAGUUUUAAGAGCAGAGAUAAAGAACCAGCAGAAUGAAAAUGAGAUUGUGAAGAAAAAGCUUCUUUUGGAAAAAUCAAAAACUGAGGAAAGGCAGGUUGAGGUACUCAACCAGCAGCGACAAAAUGAUCAAACCAAGGAGGAAAAUAAGAAAGAGAGAGAAAAUCUGGAACAACAGAGGUUUGAACUUGAACAGCAGAAACAGAUGUUGGAGCUUAGCAUCAUAAAAAUGAUGGAGGAAAAGCAAGAGCUUGCUAAUUCAGCAAAAGAACUACAGAAAGCCAAAGAAGAAAUGGAAAACGUAAAAUACAUGACCAGCAAAGAAAGAGACAAGGUUGAACAAAUGCAAGAUGAGAUACGCAGUCAGAUUCAGUCAACUGAACUACAAAGGCAAAUCAUCCAAGACAAGCAAAAAGCUCUUGAGGACAAAGAGCUAAUAAUACAGAGAAAGGAAGAGGAAUUAGAGAGGAGAAACAUGGAAUUAGAUGGAAUCGCUGCUCAGCUUCAGACUGAACAAGAACAUUUAAAUAAUGUUUUUGAGGAAACCAAUAACAGACAACGUGCCCUUGAAGUGAUGCAGGUUGAUAUAGAAUUGCAUAAACAAAAAAAUAAUAAGGACUUUGAGUUGCUUGAGAAGAUCCGGCAUGAAAUAGACAAUGAAAAGUUAGAAAUUAAGCAGAAAAAAGAAGAGGUUGAAUCCCAAUUUGAAGAGCUAGAGAAAGAGAGAGAAAUACUGAAACAGACUGAGAGAGAGCUUUGCACUGAGAGAGAACAAACUGAGAAAUGUAAAGCUGAUAUAAACAAGAUAAAUGAUGAAAUAGAAUCCAAGAGACAAACUGUGAUAAUGGAGAAGACUGAGCUGGAGCAGAGAGAGAAAUAUAUUACUGAGCAGCAGCAAAGACUGGAUCAAAGUGUAAGAGAGAUAAAGGAAGAAAGACGUGAAAUGGAUAAGACGAGGAUUGAACUAGAAGCUCAGAGACAACAGAUGGAAGAGGACAUGAGGAUAAAUGCAAAGCAGGAAAGAGAACUUGCACAGCUGAGAGAUGAAAUACAAAGAGAAAAACAAGACAUUGGUGAAAACAGGGACAUGACUAACAAAUUAAUGAAAGAUCUGGAAAUUAUGAAAGCCAAGCUGGUGGAACAACAAGAAGAGAUCCAAACUGAAGCAGAAAAACUGCAAGAGGAGAGAAAACUGGUUUACCAGACAAAAUCUGAGGUGCAGAAUGAUGCUGAAAAUCUGACGAACAUCUUAGAAGAGAUCAGAAGAGAGCGAGAAAAACUGGAAAUAAGGGAGGCCCAGCUUAAAGUAAUGAAGGAGCAGUGUGACAAUACCAUGGAAGAAACUAUGAGGAAGAAGAGUGAACUGGAAAGGACUGUUGAUGACAUAGCAGAGCAAAAUCAAAAGAUCGAGAUCAAGAAAGAUCUUCUGGAAAAAGAGAGACAAUACAUUGAAGCAGAAAGAGAGGAUUUACAGAGACAAGCUGAUGACCUGAAGCUGCAAAUGUCAAAACACAGAGAAAAGGAAGAGAUGAAUAAAAGAUCAAUGGAUGAUGAGAAGAAGCUUCUUGAGCAGAAGGCUGACGAAAUCCUGAGACAGAGAGAUGAAUUAGAGAAAGAAAAAGAGGAUAUGAUGAAGAAGUGGAAAGAACUGGAGGCUCUUCAGAAGGAAAUACAAAAACAAAGAGAUGAAAUAGAAGAAAUCAAAUAUGAGUUACAGACUGAAAAGACUGAAAUGAAUCAACAACAACACAGACUAGAGGAGAGUUUAAGAGCCAUGCAUGAGGAGAGGAAAGAUCUGGAGAACAUGAGAAAUGAAUCUGAAACACACAGACAACAAAUGGAAGAAGAACUUGAUCAGAUGAAGAGUGAAUUGGAAAGAGAAAAAACUGAAAUAGAUCAUGAGCAGAAGAAAAUGGAUGAUGACAGAAAGAUGAUUGAACAGGAAAGAAAAGACCUGAAGAAGAUGAGGUCUGAAAUAAUGACACAAAGAGAACAAAUGGAAGAAAAGAGAUCAGAAAUUGAUCUAGAAAAAUGUGACAUCGAGAAGAGCAAAGAAAUUUUACAGAAAGUAAUGGAUGAGGUGGAGGAACAGAGGAAUGGUAUUAAUCUCCAGAAAGAAGAACUUAGGCUUGAAAGACAAAAGAUCACAGAUGAAAAAGAUCUUCUGGCUCAAAGAAAGAAUGAACUGCAAAAUGAAAGUGAACGAAUCAGAUACAUGGAGGAGGAAAUAAAGAAGAAGAGAGAGACACUGGAGGAAAUGGAUGCUCAUCUACAAAAGGACAAAGAAGAAAUUGAGAGUGUCAUUGAAGAAACAAGGAGACAAAAAGAGGAUCUGGGAAAAAUGAGCAAAGAUUUAAAUGAACAAAAACAAGAGCUGGGGAAAUACAGAGACCUUCUAGAACAAGAAAGAGAAGAAAUUAAAAAUAAAUGGACCCAAUUACAACAGAGAAUUGAUGAAUUUGAUGCUCAAGUCAGAAAACAGAAGGAAGAGGAUAUAACAGAACAGAAGAAGAUGGAAGUAGAAAGAAAAAGUCUAGAAGAGACCAAAGCCGAGAUCCUGGAGCUGAAGACUAAAGUUGAGCAGGAACAUCAUGAUCUAAACCUAAAAACACAAGAGUUAAACACACUGCAAGAACAUAUUAUGAAAGAAAAAGAGCAACUACAAGAAAGCAGGAACAAGGUUUUGAGUGAAACAGCCACUCUUGAGAUGAGAGCUGUUGAGAUAAACAAACAACAACAAACACUGGAAUUAAAUCUCAGAGAGAUGAAAUAUGAGAGAAAUGAACUUGAUAUGAUGCAAAAGAAACUUCAGUCUCAAAGACAUCAAAUGGAAGAGGAGGUGAAGAUCAAAACUAGUGAAUUAAAUCAAGAAAAUGAAAGAAACAAGAACAUGCUAAAUAAACUAAUAGAAGAGAUGGACAUUACGAAAGCUAAGCUAGCUGUACAGCAAGAAGAGAUGCAAGUUGAAAAAGAAAAACUAAAAGAAGAGAGAAAAGAGUUUGAGCAGUCAAAGAAUGAGAUUGAGAGAGAGAAACAAGAACUCAGUAAGAAUAAAGACAUUAUGAAUUCACUAAAAGAAGAGUUUAACCUGGAAAAGAAGAAGAUGGAUGAUGAGAAGGAAGAGAUUGAUGUGAACAACAAAAAGGUUCAAUUACAGAUACAGACAGACAAAGAAAUGAUUGCUAAAAUGAAGGCCCAACUCCAAAAUGAGAAAGAUGAACUUGACCAUAUCAGAGAAGAAACGAGAAGGAAGAGUGAAGAAAUGGAGAAAGAAUGGGCAGCGAUGGAAGCAGAAAGACAAACUCUGCAACAAAACAGCAAUGAAAUCUUAAAACAAAGGCAAGAUACUGAGAAGGAGAAACAUAAAAUCUGGAAAAAGAAAGAUGAACUGGAUCAACUGUAUUCAGAAAUCCUUAAACAGAGAGUUGAAAAUGAACAAAUGAUCAUGACAGAGAAAUCUCUGCUUGAAAUGUUAAAAACUGAGUUAGAUCAUAAACAGCAGAAGUUGGAGAAUGACAGGAAAGUUACUGAACAGGAAAGAAAAGACCUGGAGAAGAUUAAUUCUGAAAUGAUGAUGCAAAAAGUACAAAUGGAGAAAGAUACAGAGGAAAUCAAGGCAGGGAGAGCAGAACUGAUCCAAAAAAUACAAGAGAUUGAUUUAGAAAAGGAUAAAAUGGAAAAGAACAAAGAAAUAGUUCAAAAACUAUUGAAGGAGGUGGAAGAACAGAGAAAUUAUCUAAAACUUAAAAAAGAGGAAACUAAAUUUGAGAGACAAAAGAUCACUGAUGAAAAAGAUUUUCUGGCUCAAAGAAAGACUGAACUGCAAAAUGAGAGUGAACGAAUCAGAUUCAUGGAGGAGGAAAUAAAGAAGGAGAGAGAAACACUGAAGGAAAUGGAAGCUCAUCUACAAAAGGACAAAGAAGAAAUUGAGAGUGUCACUGAAGAAACAAAGAGACGAAAAGAAGAUCUGGAAAAGAUGAACACGGAUUUAGAUGAACAAAAACAAGAGCUGAAGAACUGCAGAGACCUUCUAGAACAAGAAAGAGAAGAAAUAAAUCAGAGAUGGACACAGUUACAACAGAGAAUUGAUGAAUUUGAUGAUCAAGUCAGAAAACAGAAGGAAGAGGAUAUAAGAGAACAGAAGAAGAUGGAAGAAGAAAGAAAAAGUCUAGAAAAGACCAAAGCUGAGAUCCUGGAGCUGAAGACUAAAGUUCAGCAGGAACAUUAUGAUAUAAACCUAAAAACACAAGACUUAAACAUACUGCAGGAACAAAUUAUGAAAGAAAGAGAGAAAGACAAAGAAAUGAAAGUAAAAGCAAAGAUGGAGAGAGAAGAACUUGAUCAGUUAAAGAGUGAACUGGAAAGAGAAAAAACUGAAAUAGAUCAUGAGCAGAAGAAAAUGGAUGAUGACAGGAAGACGAUUGAACAAGAAAGAAAUGACCUGGAGAAGAUGAGGUCUGAAAUAAUGACACAAAGAGAACAAAUGGAAGAAGACAUGAGAGAGGCAAUCCAACUAGAGAGAUCAGCACUUGACCAGAAAAUACAAGAGACUGAUCUAGAAAAGGACAAAAUUGAAAAGAACAAAGAAAUAGUUGAGAAAUUAAUGGAUGAAGUGGAAGAACAGAGACAUGAUAUUAAAAUCCAGAAAGAAGAACUUGAACUUGAGAAACAAAAGAUCACUGAUGAAAAAGAUUUUCUGGCUCAAAGAAAUAAUGAACUGCAAAAUGAGAGUGAACGAAUCACAUACAUGGAGGAGGAAAUAAAGAAGGAGAGAGAAACACUGGAGGAAAUGGAAGCUCAUCUACAAAAGGACAAAGAAGAAAUUGAGAGUGUCAUUGAAGAAACAAAGAUACGAAAAGAAGAUCUAGAAAAGAUGAACACGGAUUUAGAUGAACAAAAACAAGAGCUGAAGAACUGCAGAGACCUUCUAGAACAAGAGAGAGAAGAAAUAAAUCAUAAAUGGACACAAUUACAACAGAAAAUUGAUGAAUUUGAUUCUCAAGUCAGCAAAAAGAAGGAAGAGGAUAUAACAGAACAGAAGAAGAUGGAAGAAGAAAGAAAAAGUCUAGAAAAGACCAAAGCUGAGAUCCUGGAGUUAAAGACUAAAGUUGAGCAGGAACAUUAUGAUUUAAACCUAAAAGCACAAGAGUUAAAGACACUGCAAGAACAGAUUAAGAAAGAAAAGGAGAAAGAGGAAAUAAAAGUAAAAGCAAAGAUGGAGGGAGAAGAACUUGAUCAGUUAAAGAGUGAACUAGAAAGAGUAAAAACUGAAAUAGAUCAUGAGCAGAAGAAAAUGGAAGAUGACAGAAAGAUGAUUGAACAGGAAAGAAAUGACCUGGAGAAGAUGAGGUCUGAAAUAAUGACACAAAGACAGCAAAUGGAAAAAGACAUGAGAGAGGCAAUCCAACUAGAGAGAUCAGCACUUGACCAGAUAAUACAAGAGAUUGAUCUAGAAAAAGACAAAAUUGAAAAGAACAAAGAAAUAAUUCAAAAAUUAAUGGAUGAGGUGCAGGAACAGAGACAUGAUAUUAAAAUCCAGAAAGAAGAACUUGAACUUGAGAAACAAAAGAUCACUGAUGAAAAAGAUUUUCUGGCUCAAAGAAAGACUGAACUGCAAAAUGAGAGUGAACGAAUCAGAUACAUGGAGGAGGAAAUAAAGAAGGAGAGAGAAACACUGGAGGAAAUGGAAGCUCAUCUACAAAAGGACAAAGAAGAAAUUGAGAGUGUCAUUGAAGAAACAAAGAUACAAAAAGAGGAUCUGGAAAAGAUGAACACAGACACAAAUGAACAAAAACAAGUGUUGAAUAAAUACAGAGACCUUCUAGAACAAGAAAGAGAAGAAAUAAAUCAUAAGUGGAAACAGUUACAACAGAGAAUUGAUGAAUUUGAUGAUGAAGUCAGAAAACAGAAGGAAGAGGAUAUAACAGAACAGAAGAAGAUGGAAGAAGAAAGAAAGAGUCUAGAAAAAACCAAAGCUGAGAUCCUGGAGCUGAAGACUAAAGUUGAGCAGGAACAUCAUGAUAUAAACCUAAAAACACAAGAGUUAGACACACUGCAAGAACAGAUUAUGAAAGAAAGAGAGAAAGAUGAAGAAAUUAAAGUAAAAGCAAAGAUGGAGAGAGAAGAACUUGAUCAGAUAAAGAGUGAAUUGGAAAGAGAAAAAACUGAAAUAGAUCAUGAGCAGAAGAAAAUGGAUGAUGACAGAAAGAUGAUUGAACAGGAAAGAAAUGACCUGGAGAAGAUGAGGUCUGAAAUAAUGACACAAAGACAGCAAAUGGAAAAAGACAUGAGAGAGGCAAUCCAACUAGAGAGAUCAGCACUUGACCAGAAAAUACAAGAGACUGAUUUAGAAAAAUGUGAAAUUGAGAAGAGCAAAGAAAUUGUACAGAAAUUAAUGGAUGAGGUGGAAGAACAGAGAAAUGGUAUUAAACUCCAGAAAGAGGAACUUGAACGUGACAGACAAAAGAUCACUGAUGAAAAAGAUCUUCUGGCUCAAAGAAAGACUGAACUGCAAAAUGAAAGUGAACGAAUCAGAUACAUAGAAAAGGAAAUAAAGAAGGAGAGAGAAACACUGAAAGAAAUGGAAUCUCAUCUACAAAAGGACAAAGAAGAAAUUGAGAGUGUCACUGAAGAAACAAAGAGGCAAAAAGAGGAUCUGGAAAAGAUGAGCACAGACACAAAUAAACAAAAACAAGAGCUGAAGAAAUACAGAGACCUUCUAGAACAAGAAAGAGAAGAAAUAAAUCAGAGAUGGGCACAGUUACAACAGAGAAUUGAUGAAUUUGAUGCUCAAGUCAGAAAACAGAAGGAUGAGGAUAUAACAAAACAGAAGAAGAUGGAAGAAGACAGAAAAAUUCUAGAAGAGACCAAAGCUGAGAUCUUGGAGUUAAAGACUAAAGCUGAGCAGGAACAUCAUGAUAUAAACCUAAAAACACAAGAGAUAAACACACUGCAAGAACAGAUUAUGAAAGAACGAGAGAAAGAUGAAGAAAUUAAAGUAAAAGCAAAGAUGGAGAGAGAAGAACUUGAUCAGAUAAAGAGUGAAUUGGAAAGAGAAAAAACUGAAAUAGAUCAUGAGCAGAAGAAAAUGGAAGAUGACAGAAAGAUGAUUGAACAGGAAAGAAAUGACCUGGAGAAGAUGAGGUCUGAAAUAAUGACACAAAGACAGCAAAUGGAAGAAGACAUGAGAGAGGCAAUCCAACUAGAGAGAUCAGCACUUGACCAGAAAAUAAAAGAGACUGAUUUAGAAAAAUGUGAAAUUGAGAAGAGCAAAGAAAUUGUACAGAAAUUAAUGGAUGAGGUGGAAGAACAGAGAAAUGGUAUUAAACUCCAGAAAGAGGAACUUGAACGUGACAGACAAAAGAUCACUGAUGAAAAAGAUCUUCUGGCUCAAAGAAAGACUGAACUGCAAAAUGAAAGUGAACGAAUCAGAUACAUAGAAAAGGAAAUAAAGAAGGAGAGAGAAACACUGAAAGAAAUGGAAUCUCAUCUACAAAAGGACAAAGAAGAAAUUGAGAGUGUCACUGAAGAAACAAAGAGGCAAAAAGAGGAUCUGGAAAAGAUGAGCACAGACACAAAUAAACAAAAACAAGAGCUGAAGAAAUACAGAGACCUUCUAGAACAAGAAAGAGAAGAAAUAAAUCAGAGAUGGACACAGUUACAACAGAGAAUUGAUGAAUUUGAUGCUCAAGUCAGAAAACAGAAGGAUGAGGAUAUAACAAAACAGAAGAAGAUGGAAGAAGACAGAAAAAUUCUAGAAGAGACCAAAGCUGAGAUCUUGGAGUUAAAGACUAAAGCUGAGCAGGAACAUCAUGAUAUAAACCUAAAAACACAAGAGAUAAACACACUGCAAGAACAGAUUAUGAAAGAACGAGAGAAAGAUGAAGAAAUUAAAGUAAAAGCAAAGAUGGAGAGAGAAGAACUUGAUCAGAUAAAGAGUGAAUUGGAAAGAGAAAAAACUGAAAUAGAUCAUGAGCAGAAGAAAAUGGAUGAUGACAGAAAGAUGAUUGAACAGGAAAGAAAUGACCUGGAGAAGAUGAGGUCUGAAAUAAUGACACAAAGACAGCAAAUGGAAGAAGAGAGAUCAGAACUUGACAGCAAAACAAAAGAGACUGAUUUAGAAAAACGUGACAUUGAGAAGAGCAAAGAAAUUGUACGGAAAUUAAUGGAUGAGGUGGAAGAACAGAGAAAUUAUAUUAAACUCCAGAAAGAGGAACUUGACCAUGGCAGACAAAUGAUCACUGAUGAAAAAGAUCUUCUGUCUCAAAGAAAGACUGAACUGCAAAAUGAGAGUGAACGAAUCAGAUUCAUGGAGGAGGAAAUAAAGAAAGAGAGAGAAACACUGAAGGAAUUGGAAGCUCAUCUACAAAAGGACAAAGAAGAAAUUGAGAGUGUCAUUGAAGAAACAAAGAGACAAAAAGAAGAUCUUGAAAAGAUGAACAUGGAUUUAAAUGAACAAAAACAAGAGUUAAAGAACUGCAGAGAACUUCUAGAACAAGAAAGAGAAGAAAUAAAUCAUAAAUGGACACAGUUACAACAGAAAAUUGAUGAAUAUGAGCAGUCAAAGACUGAGUCCAUGAGGAACAUUCUGGAGGACACCAGAAAGGAAGGAGAAAAAACAGAAAUGGAAGAAAAACUUAAACAGGCCAACCAGGAAUAUGAAAAUAUCAUAGUAGAAACAAACAGGAGAAGGAGUGAGCUAGAGAAAAUCAUGUUUGAUAUAUCACAUGAAAAUCAAGAGAUUGAGACCAAGAAAGAUCUUUUGGAAAAAGAGAGAAAUAACAUCAAAAAGGAAAGAGAAGAGUUACAAAGACGAGCUGAUGAUCUGGAGAUGCACAUGACAAAACACAGAGAAAGAGAACAGAUGAGUAAAGUAUCAAUGGGUGACGAGAAGAAGCUUCUUGAUCAGAAGGCUGACGAAAUCCUAAGACAGAGAGAUGAAUUGGAGAAAGAAAAAGAGGACAUAAUGAAGAAGUGGAAUGAGCUGAACGUUCUUCAGAAGGAAAUACAGAAGCAAAGAGAUGAAAUGGAAGAAAUCAAAUAUGAGUUACAGACUGAAAAGACUGAAAUGAAUCAACAGCAACACAGACUAGAGGAGAGUUUAACAGCCAUGAAUGAGGAAAGGAAAGAUCUGGAGAACAUGAGGAAUGAAUCUGAAACACACAGACAACAAAUGGAGGACAUGAGAGUAAAAGCAAAGAUGGAGAGAGAGGAACUUGAUCAACUGAUGGCCAAGGUAUUGAUGGAACAAAAAGAAAUUGAAAGGAACAAGGACAUGAUAGAGCGCCUAAAGAAGGAAAUGGAGCAAACAAAAGCCAAACUGAAUGCUCAAGAGGAGGAAAUCAAACUGGAAAAGCAAAAAGUGCAAGAUGAGAGAAAAGAUCUGGAGCAGUCCAAGGCUGAAAUCAAGAGACAGACUGAUGAAAUAAAGACCAUGAAAGCGCAAACCCACCAACUAGAAAAAGAAGAACAGAAGAGAGAAGAAAUAGUCUCUCAAGGAAAACAGAUACAAACAGAUGAAGUCAACAGACUCUUGUCUGAGAUUCAAAGGGAAAGGGAGGAACUUGAAAGAAACAAAAAAAUCUUUGAACAUCAGAGAGAGGCAAUGGAAGAGAUGAAGGGUAAAGAACCAACACAGAUGCCAGAAGUCAUUUUGAUUAGUUCUGCAACACAAACAUCUGAUCUAGAUGUAGGUGACAUUUCAGCCCCUCAGGAAGAGAUUGAGGAACACACAGACAUUCAUAAGGAAUAUACAGCUUUCAUAACAGAAGGGAAGGAAGAUGAACUAGAGAGAAUGGAGGAGGACACGGAGCUCAAAAUGAGAGGUGAAGAAACCGAAAUAGAGGCAAGCCAAGAGGACAUUACACUGACAAGAGAAUAUAAAUAUGUACCAGAUCCAUCCAUUGUAGUAAAGUUGGAGUUCGAUAAAGAUGAAACCGAUGGCCUUACUGAGAUGCUGAAGACUGAGAGAAGAGAACUAGAGAAUACAAGACUUAUUUUACAGAGAGACCAGAAUGAGAUAAAGAAAAUGAGACAAGACAUUGACAAAGAGAAGAAUGAUCUAGAGAAAUAUAGAGCCACUCUUGAGAAACAAUAUGAAGAGAUGGAGAUAUGCAGACAGAAUAUGGAAAAUGAAAGGUCUGAAUUAGAAAUGACUCAAGAAAAAAUAGAGAUGGACAUGAAAAAUAUUCUAAUGGAGAGCAAGAGCAAACAGGAGAGAAUAGAAAACAUGGAAGUUCAACUUCAAGAAAAGAAGAGAGAAAUGGAAACCAUCACAGAUGAGAUCAAACAGAGACAAGAGGAGCUGGACUUCAUCAAUACAGAGAUAAAAAGAAAAAGACGUGACAUGGAGGACGCCAAAGGAAUGGAGGAACAUGAGUUCACUGACAUUCUUCCAGAAAGAGAGGAGACUAUAAAAAGACACAUGGAGGAAAUGCAGAACCAAAAAGAGGCAUUACAAAAGGAGAGGGAUGAAGUUGAAAAAAUACACGCUGGGCUGCAGAGGGAGCAAAUGGAAAUUAAGAUGUGUCAGGCAAUGUUGAACUCAGAAAGAAAUGAGCUAAAUAGAAUGAGAGUCGAUCUGGAGACACAAAAAGAGGAGUUUGAGCUUAUGCAACAAAACAUAAAGACUGAAAAAGAUGAGCUGGAAUCAAGGUUAAGGAAAGCAGAGGACACUGAGAGCCUUUUGAAGGACAUUCUUAAAGAAAAGGAAAGGGUAGAAAAAAUAGCAGCCCAACUUUCCAAAGAACAAGAAGAGUUCAAAAUUAUUAUGAAUGAGACAAAUAAAUGGAUGGAGGAGAUUAAACGGAUUGAGGAGGAAAUUAAAACAAAGCAAGUUGAAAUUAAGCACAUUGAAGAACUGAAACAAAAAGAGCUAGAUGAACAGAAAACCAUGAUAGAGAGUGAAAAUCAAGAGCUUCAGCAGAGGACAGCAGAACUUGAAAAAAUGAAGAUUGAAAUUGACAUUGAAAGAGGAGAAAUUCAGAAAAUACGAAAAGAGUGUGAGAGAGAAAAACAAGAACGGGAGCAAAUGCAAAUAGACUUGCGGAAAGAAACACCACAGAAAACAGAUGCAGAAGUGCAAUAUGAUGAAAUCCACGAUGUUAUGGACUCAUUGAAAGAAGAGAAAGAAGAAAUAGAAAGGAUGAAAGCUGACCUCCAGAACGAGCAUAGAGAAAUUGAAACCAUGAGGGACAUUAUAAAAAGAGAGAAGGGUGAGCUUGAACACAAGAAAGCUGAAAUGCUACAAAUGACUGCAGAAAUAAGGGACACGGACAGUGACAAGAACUUACAAGAUGAAAUGAUAAAGGUUGAAGCAAUCCUCAAAGAAACCAAGAGACAGAAAAAUGACCUGGAACAGAUGAAUGAGAAUUUGAUCAGGGAAAAAACAGAGGUGGAAAGCAAUUGUCAGAUACUAGAAAGAGAAAAAAUCGAACUGGAGACAAGAUUACAGGAUUUGGUGAAUGAACUGAAUAUUAAGUUUAAGGAAUUAGAAGCUCUUCAAAAGUUCCAGAUGGAGGAGAGAGAGAAGAAAACUCUGGAGAAAGUGACUAUGGAGAAAAGUGAGCUAGAACAGCAGAGGUUUAAAAUAUACAAACAAGAACAACAACUGGAAUACACUGGGGAAGCUUCAGAAAGGAAGUGGGAUGAGACACAGGUAGCCACUGAAAGGACCAGACAUGAUGAAGAGGACAGGCAAAUCUUGAAAAUUGAGAGAGAAGAGAUCACACAUCUGAAAAAUCAAAUACUGAAAGAGAAAGAAGAUGUUGAAACCACCAAAGAGAGAAUUAACAGAGAGAUGGAACAUAUUGAAAAGAUGCAAACCCAGUUAGAUGACCAAAAAGAAGAAAUAGAGCUUGAAAAACAAAAAUUACAAGACACAAGAACCGAGAUUCAAGACAAGACAAAUGCUCUAGAGAAAGUUAUGCAAGAUAUACAAAAAGAUAGGGAAAAUCUAAAAGCUUUAGUAAUUCAACAACAAAAAGAAAGAGAAGAGAUGGAUAUAUUAGCAGAAGAAAACAAAAGAAAAGAGGAGCGUGCAGAAGCGGAGAUUCAAAGACAGUUAGAGGACAUAGAAAUUGCCAAGGUUGUGUUGGCAAAAGAGAGGGAACAAAUUGAUCGGAUGAAUGCAGAAAUACAAACUAGAAGCAAAGAACUAGAGAAAAUAAUCAGAAAACAGCAAGAGGAGUUUGAAAUCAAAGAGAAUGACAUGCAAACAGAAAGAAAGGCUUUGGAGAAGAUGAAUGUUGAGCUAGAAAGGAAAACCACCGAAAUAGAAAACAAGAGGGAGAAAGUAACUCUCUGGGAAGCAGAUAUACAGAAACAGAAAAAUGAGGCAGAAGAGCUAAAGAACAUCUUAGAAAGAGAGAAAAGUGAACUUGACAGAGAGAAAGCUGAAGUACAACAAGAAAAACGAGAGAUGAAAACCACUAAAAGUGAGAUGGAGAACCUGAAGCAACUGAGAAAUGAAAUUGAGGAAGAGAAGAAAGACAUGCUGGACAGACUGUCAAUGGAAAAACAUGAAAUAGAUCAACUAAAAACUGAGCUGCAGUUGGACAAAGAGAGCGUUGAAGCAGACAAGAAGAUGUUGAAGCAAUUGAUGAAUGAAAUGGAAAAUAAAAGAUCUCAACUGGACAGUGACAUAGAGAAGAUGAACAUGGACAAACUAAAUAUUCAAAAAGAAAAAGACUCCCUGGAGGAGAUCAAGGCUGAUUUACAAAGAAAGGCUGGAAAACUUAAUGAGGAAAUGAGAAAAACAGAGCAAACCACCUCUGAAAUCUUUAAAGACAAAGAGGACACUCAAAAGAGUCUGGACGACAUGAGAAGAAAGGAAGAAGAGCUCAGUACUGUGCGUGCUGAAAUUGAAAGGCAGACAAAGCUUCUGGAAUCUGAACUAUUGCUUCUUCAGACUCAAAAAGAGAACAUGGAGAAGAGCAAAGAAGUGAAUGAAAUGCAAAGAGAAGAUCUUGAAAAACAAAGAGAAAAGAAUGACCUGACAAUGCAAGAACUGCACAAAGAGAGGCUGGCCUUGGAGCAGAUGAUUACUGACAUAACACAGCAGAGAGACACAUUGGCAAACAUACAGAAUGAAAUAAGACUUAAGGAAGAUGCACUGAAAAACAAAGAAAGAGAACUUGACACACAAAGAAAAGAUAUGGAUAACCUAAGAAACAUUGUGAUGGCUGAGAAAAAGCAGCUGGAAAUGGAUCAGCAGGAGGUUAAUGACUUGAUUGCUGAGAACAGAAAAAUGAGAAAUGAUCUAGAGAGCAUGAAAACUCAUCUGGAACAAGAGAGAUGGCAACUGCAAGUAAAUAUAAAAACAUAUGAAGACCAGAAGAAUGUUCUUGAUAAAAUCAAGGUUGAUGCAGUGCAACAGACCGAUGAGCUUGAGAAAAUCCCAACAGAUACAACGAGGGAAAAGGAACAUCUUGGAAAGGAAAGAGAAGAGAUUGAUGCUUUAAAGAAGGAAAUGCUCAUCCUCAAUGAAAAUAUACAGACAGAACGAGACGAGCUUAAAAAGCUUAAUAAUGAUAUUCAAAAGGACAGAGCAGAGAUUGAAAACAGCAAAAAGAGCAUUGAUAGUGAAAAACGUCAUAUUGAAAUGGAGAGAGCUGAUUUAAACAGAAUGAAGGAAGAGAUUGAAGUCAGCAAACAAAGAGUGCAACAUGAAAGAACUUUGCUGCAACAAGAUAAAGACAUGAUACAGAAAGAAAAAGAGGACAUGGAAUGCAUUAUAGAAGAAAAAAUGAGAACAAUAGAGGAACUGCAUAAUCUCAAAGAGCAUAUAAACAGAAAAUUAUCUGAACUGGAGACAUUAAACUUGGAGAUUCAAGUAAAGAGAAAGGAAGCCGAAAUGCAUUACUUACCAGGAGAGAUGAAAACAGAAGAACACUCAAAGAGGGAUGCUGAUGUCCUAAGAGAGGAAGAACCACUAAAAAAACAAAAAACAGAUGAAACCCAGAUAUAUCAACUGAAAACCAUCUCAAUAGAUGCUGAAACCCAAACGUCUUUGGAUGACAUUAAGAAAAUAGAUGAUAGCGGACAAAAGGAAUUAAAAGAAGAAACAGCUGCAACAAAGACAAAACAACCAACUGUGACAAAGUUAGAGGACACACACACAUCUGAGGUGCAAGAAAUAAAGGAAUCUUUAAGUAAAGAAAUGGAAGAUUUAGAAAGAAUGAAGACAAUGAUGAAAAAGGAAAAAGAUGAACUGGAACAGGCUAAAACUGACAUUCAAAGGAGGAUGGAGGACUUUGAGAGAAAUAUGGAGGAAGCCAUGAAGGAGAGGUCAAGAAAUGAAGAAAAACUACUACAACUUACACAAGACAAGGAGUAUUUAUCAAAAGCCCUUGAUGAGAAAAAUAAGGAAAUAGAGAGUAUCAUGGAAACGUUCAUGAGAAAGAUGGGACAACUGGAAAAGACUAUAGCUGCAAUGGAAAAACAGAAGGAAGAGGUUGAAUAUGAGCUAAACGACAUGCGAGUUGAAUUACAGAGGCAACGUGAUGAAAUGGAGAAUAAAAUGAAGAUCACACAAACUGGCCUUCUUGAGCUGGAGAAGGCAAAGGAAGACCUGCAUAAAGUAAGGAAUGAAUGUAGAACUGCUGAAGAAGAAAAGUCAGUGAUCAUGGAGAGUCUUGAGAGGAGGAGGAACAGUUUGGAGAAGGUUCAAGCCGAGAUCUUGAGACUUACAUUGGAAAUUGAGCAUCUCACACAAAGCUGUGAACGCAAAAGAAGAGAACUGCAACAUAUAGAGACUGACAUACAAAGACAGAUGAAGAGGACUGUGAGGACUCAACAGGAAACUGUUAUUCAGAGCGGACUAGAAGACCAAGAAGUGGUAGAGACUUCGGAAUACAUUCAAGAACAUACAGAAGACAUUAAGCAGAGGAGAACCCAAGAGACACAAACUGAAGUCCAAGAAAGAGAUGCUCUACCACAGUAUGAAGAGAUAGAUACAAUGAAAAGGAGAAUACAGGAAAUGAAAGGUGAACUAGAGAACAGAUUACAAGACAUCAAGAGAAAAGAACUGGAAAGACUAGGCAUGCAAAGAGAAAAAAUCGAGUUAGAGCUACGGAAAACUGAGAUCGAAAGAUAUAAUGAAGCCCUCCAGCGUGAGAGAGAAACCGACAGACUUAAACUCAUGGAAAAGGAGAAGGAAGUACUUCUGUUAAGGGAGUGUAUGCUGAUUGAGAUCAAUCGAUUGAAGAGCAAAGAGACAGAAACAAGUACACAGCACCUGGAGAUGAUGGAGCGCCUCGUCGGUGAUGCAGCGUUAAGGAUGGACAGAUUCAGACGAGUUACGGACAGAGCGGUGCAAACGCUGAUGUUGGAAGGAGAUGAAGAGCAGUUUGGAAGAGCUCAGAGAGUGACAACAGAACAGGUGGAAAGUGCCAGUGGAAGGGUGGAGAUUUCUCUAGAUGUCCUGAGUGAGGACAGGGAGGAAGGGGCGACAGGAGAAUCCCAGAGAGGGAGCGUGGCUGGGCCAUCUUCACGGAGAUUGAGGCUACUGCACUGGAUCAGACGGUGCUGCUGUUGCUGCUGUCCCAGAAAUGCUAGAAACACUGCGGAAGACACAGAGGACAUUUUAUAAACACAGGUCUUGUACAUUUAGAAGUCAAUUUUCACAUGGAAUUUGACAGAAACUGAGAAGUACAAUCUAUUUUUAUCUGUAUAUGUAGUGUUCUAUGAAAAAAAAAAAUAGCAUAACAUUUCAGUAAUGUCUACAAUAACCCUAAAAACAAAACAAAUACUACAAAGCAUAGUAAAUAUUUAGUAAUAUAAUUACAACUUAUUUACAUAGUACCAAAUGUUUAAUGUUUAUCACAGUUCAUACGAUCCAAUAAAUCAGAGCUUUGCAUUUUCAAAACACAACACAGAUGUUUGCACAAACCAAAAUUAAUAUCAUCAAUACAUACAGUACAUCUAUACAAUUAACUCCUUAAAGGAAUCAAAUAACUCAUUAGCAUAAUGUAUGCGAUACAUGUGUGCGUGUACCGUUUUCCUUAAUGCAUCCGAGAAACACUCUGGGAUCUGGAUCAACUGAUGCCGAAAUGAUCUAUUUUGAUUUCUCAUAGCAAAUUACUAUAAUUAUCUUUUUUUUUUUGUGUGUGUUUUUUUUUAUUAUUAUACUUCCUCCUGAAUCUUUCCAGAAGGAACUGAAGUGUUGGGCUCUCUUAAUUGACAACUCUGGAAAUUUCUGCGCAACUAUCUGUGAAAAAAACAAAGCUCACCUGUAAUGUUCAAAGGUAAUACGCACAUUCCUGAGGGCUGAGAAGAGCACUGAUGAAUGUGAGAGAACGAAUAUCCUGAUUUUACGUCUGCACCAGCAUGAGUGCUCAAGGUCGUCUUUGUUGCGUUCACAUUCUUGCAGCUCUGAGUGAUGGGAGUGUUGCAAAUGUGCCCUGUAUAAUGGAUACACAGAAGCUGCUGUGAGUGAUGAAUUUCACAAGGACCCACAGUAUGCCAAAGAGCCGCCAGUGAACUACACUAGCAGGAUAAUUACAGAGGCCGUUUAAUUACCGACUGGACAAAAAGAGAGCUUUGUGAAUUUUUAAACUCAGAUUAACAAUGAGGCAUGUCUUUUUAGAUGAUAAAACCAUCAGGUGUCCAUUAAGAGGAUCAAACACUUUCUAAAAAAUGAUUUCUAAAACAAUUCUAUUCUAAUUUAAUAACUAUAUCCCAGAGUCACGUACACACAUACACAGAUAUAUUAACAAUAUAUUAUUUUCAAUGUAUUGGCUAGGAUUUGUUUCACACACAAACAGUAUAUUAUUUGCAAUGUAUUGCUUUGGACUGAAAUAAAUGAAAUUUAUUUACCAUUA